AUGCAUCCAAAGCACGUUCUCUUCUUCGGGGACGAAGUCGUAUCCCCCUUGCCUGCUCUACAGAAUCUGCAUCGGCAGGCCAGAUCAUCACCAACACUGCAGCAGUUUCUCUCAGAGGCUGCCAGAGUAGUCAAGUUGGAAACGUCCUCGCUACCUUCAGAGCAACGUGAGCGUUGGCCGGAAUUCGAUACCAUCAUCGACCUUGCGGAGACAUGGGCAAAACAAGAGCUCCCCGGUGGAGCGGUAAACAUGACACUGGUCUGCAUCAGCCGCCUGGGAGAACUCUUGAUUCAUACUCUUGCCAACCCAGAGGUGUUGGGAACAGACAGACGGGAGACCUACAUGCUCGGUCUUUGCACCGGUCUGUUGCCAGCCGCUGCAGCAUCCGUAGCACGUUCCACCGCAGAGUUGUUCGACAUAUCACUGGUGAUUGUUGCUCUCGUGGUUCGAUGUGGCGCUCAAGCCACCCAUCGCUCGAGAAGCAUUGAAGAUGCUCCUCAAACAAGCACUUGGGGAUAUCUUGUCACUUCGUUGCCGGCUGAUAGACAGCGAGAGAUCAUUGCAAGCUUUCAUGCAGCUCAGUCUGUACCUCGACAUCGUUCAGCCUAUCUCAGCGUUGUUGCUGAUCAAUGGACGACACUUAGCGGCCCCCCCUCAACGCUGAAGCAGCUAUUCGCAUUUUCCGAAGAGCUGAAUUCCGCACCACAUCUGCCAUUGGCGAUUGGGGGAGCGGUGCAUGCUCCCCAUCUUCCGCAGCUCGAUCUUGACUUCAUUAUCGGAUCCUCGUCAUUCCACGAUUUACAGCCUUCACCAAAUGCUGUAAUCAUUAGCACUUCCUCAUUGCAGCCUUACCGGUGCGCCAAUCUGAGACAGCUGCUUCGUGAGAUGCUCAUGGACAUAUCCCAAAAUACUUUGCAAGUCACCGAUGCCGUGCAAGCUGUUUUGCAGCGGCUGAAGCAAGACUCGCUCGACGUCACAGUCAUCGGACCUACCACACAAAUCACCUUGUUGAAGAGGUUGUUGGAAACAAAUCGUUCGGCGUACACAUUGCACGAAACUGUAGGAACAGCCGCAACUUCAUCUGGAGAGAGAACCUUCUGUCACGACAUCGCCAUUGUCGGAUACUCUGGACGCUUCCCUGGAGGUAAAGACAUGGAAGAACUGUGGGAGACGAUCCACAAAGCGAAAGAUCUCCAUAGUGAGAUUCCAAGCUCUCGCUUCGACAUAAACGACUACUAUGACCCCUCUGGCGUGAAGAAGAAUUCCCUUUCCACCAAAUACGGUUGUUUCCUUGAGAACCCCGGGGAAUUCGACUGCCGGAUGUUCAAUCUCUCACCCCGCGAAGCUUUGCAGAUGGACCCAAUGCAACGCUUGUUCCUGAUGACGACGUAUGAAGCCCUGGAGAUGGCCGGCCAGGCACCAUACGGCGAACUUCCACAGGGAGGCCGUCGUGUUGCGAGCUUUUUCGGCCAGACGGCAGACGACCAGAAAGAGAUCAACAACAACGAGGGCACCGACAUAUACUAUGUCCCCGGUGUCGCUAGAGCAUUCUCACCAGGCCGCAUCAAUCAUCACUUCAAGUGGACAGGUCCGUACUACAGCGUCGACACUGCUUGUGCUUCGAGCUGCUCCGCCAUCAUUUUGGCGUCAUACGAGCUCAAUGCCGGGGCUUGCGACAUGGCCGUUGUCGGCGGAGGCUCAAUUCUCUCCUCUCCCCGACCCUACUCUGGCCUCAGCAAAGGUGGCUUUCUGUCGUCUACGGGAGGCUGCAAGACCUUCCAAGCCAGCGCGGACGGCUAUUGCCGUGGUGAAGGCGUCGGAGUCGUUGUACUCAAACGUCUCGACGACGCUCUUCAGAACAACGACAACAUAUGUGGUGUCAUUCGCGCCGGUGCUAGGAAUGCCAAUGCAGGAGCAGUGUCCAUCACCCACCCCGACACGACGGCUCAGCAGAAAUUGUAUACCCAACUCUUGCAACAGGGAGGUCUAGCGCCUCGUGACAUCUCUUAUGUGGAGUUCCACGGCACAGCCACCCAAGCAGGGGACACUGCAGAGAUGACCUCGGUUGCCAACGUGCUCGGCAAAGACCGACCCACCUCGUUGCCGCCUCUGUAUGUGGGCUCAGUCAAGGCGAACUUGGGCCAUUGCGAAGCGGCUGCCGGAGUGACGGCACUCAUCAAGUGUUGUCUCAUGUUCCAAAAGGACGAGAUUCCUCCACAGGUCGGCAUGCCUGCAAAGCUGAACGUCAACUAUCCACCUUUGAAACAGCUGCAUGUUGAGAUUCCACACCAGUCGGUGCCUUUCGAGCCAAGCAGCACCAGCGACGGCGUUCGCAGAAUACUGCUGAACAAUUUUGAUGCCGCGGGUGGCAACGCGAGUCUGAUCAUUGAAGACGCUCCGACAAAACCACAGAAGGAUGAAGAUCCUCGUCGAUAUCAUGUCGUCACCCUCUCCGCGAGGAGCAGCAACGCAUUGGCCAACGUCAAACAGCGAUUUGCAACCUUCCUGUCCAAAAAUGUGCUCGACAUUGCCGAUGUGGCAUACACGAGCACUGCGCGACGAGGCCAUGACAUCUUUCGCGCCGCCUAUGUCAGUUCCUCCGCGGAUGAUCUGCUGAGCAUGGUCAAAGGUGAUUUCGCUACCGAAACCAAGCGAAGUGUGGAUAACGCCCCAACGGUAUUUCUCUUCACUGGCCAGGGCGCUCAAUAUGCUGGAAUGGGUAGGACACUCUUCCAGCAUUGUCGGACAUUUCGCGAGUCUGUCUUGGCUUCGCAGAAACAGGCCGAGGCCUUUGGCUUUCCGUCUUUCGUGGAUCUGAUAGCAGAUGACAUUGCCGACAUGCAGAAAGCGUCAGCUUCCCAGGUUCAGCUCGCCAUCGUAGCACUUGAGAUUGCGUUGGCCAAGACCUGGAAGUCUUGGGGCGUCACUCCUUCCAUCGUCGUCGGUCACAGUCUGGGCGAAUACGCUGCUUUGUGCAUUGCAGGUGUCCUGUCGGUGAGCGACACUCUCUAUCUGGUCGGAGAACGUGCCAGCCUCGUCGAAAAGAACUGUUCAGCUGGCACGUAUGGCAUGCUCUCUGUCAAGCUAGGUGUGUUGGAGCUUCGAGAGAAGUUCACCGAUGGCCUGGCAAGAUGUGAGGUUUCGUGUAUCAACGGCCCCUCCAGUACCGUGGUCAGUGGCCAAAUGAAGGAUGUCGAGGCACUGCGAAACGAAUGCGACAGAGCAGGAGUCAAGACAGACAUGCUGAAAAAUGCAUAUGGCUUCCACUCGGCACAGAUGGACGCUGUGUCAACCGAGUUCGAGCACAUGGCACGCGGAGUCGUCUACAACAAGCCUUCGACUCCUGUUGCGUCAACGCUGGAAGGCAAGAUUGUUCUCGAAGCAGGAACCUUCUCUGCCAACUACAUGGCAAGACAAAUGCGUCAACCGGUCAACUUCUUGGGAGCAAUCAAUGCUUGCCGAGAUACAGCCACGGUGGAGAGCCAGCCUUUGUGGCUUGAAGUCGGCCCAAGUCCAGUGUGUCUCGGUCUCGCAUCCGCAUGGGUCGAGAUUCCUGCAGCUCAACGUCUGGUUUCUCUCAGAGCCAAGGAAGAUAACUUCAAGACCAUCUCGACAUCGCUUGCUUUGGCGUACAAACGUGGCGUUGCCGUCGACUGGAGGGCCUUCCAUGGCGAACAUGCAACCACACUCAGCGUGGUGAACCUGCCUACAUAUCCGUUCGAUGUGAAGGACUAUUGGACAACAUUCAAGGAGCCUGUGACUGCGUCUUUGGACGAACACUUCGCCAACAAACAUGACCAAGCCUCUAAAGUGCAAGGCUUUCCUACCACAACUCUUCAGCAGGUUGUAUCGGAAACGCGUUCGGCAAACGAGAUGUCUGUUGAGUUCUCAUCAAGGGUAUCGGAACCGCACCUCCUUGCUGUCAUGCAAGGCCACGUUGUGAAUGGCAGAGAAGUCUGUCCAACUAGUGUGUUUGCCGAUAUGGCCAUCACUGUUGGACAGUACGUUCACCAGAAGCUUCAUCCGGGCGCGACUGUCCCUCCGAUCUCUAUCGAAGAUCUCACCAUCACGCAGGCGCUAACGUUGAUUGACCGGGGAGCGAAACAGUCGGUGCACGUUAAAGCCAAAGCCUAUGCUCGGUCCAACGAUUGGACUGUCGCAAUCUCUUUCAACUCUGUGACCCAAAACCACGCACAGCAUCAUGGUGAAUGUAUCGUCAAGUACGGUGAUGCCGCUGAGUGGCUGGAGGGAUGGAGCGACACUGCCUAUCUCGUGCGCAGUCGAAUCGAGUCGAUUCGUGACACGGCAAGAACAGGCAAAGGCCAGAAAUUGUCACGCCGAUAUGUGUACAAGCUGUUCAACAAUAUUGUCACGUACAGCGAUCAGUACCAAGGCAUGAGUGAAGUGAUUCUGGGACCUGAAGAUGACGGUGUCGCAGUGGUCAACUUCAAGUCCGUACCCAGCGGUGCAAAGUUCAGCUGUGCCCCUUACUGGAUUGAUCCCCUGGCCCAAUUGGCCGGGUUUCUGCUCAAUGGGAGCGUCGACACGCCUGAUGAUAUCGCAUACUUCUCUUCCAGCGUCAAGAGUAUGCGGAUCCUUGGUGAGCUCUCGGAGUCCACGACGUAUAUGAGCUAUGUCCGCAUGCGACAAUCGCGACGAAAAGGCAUCAUGACGGGCGAUGUCUACAUCUUCGAUGAUGAGAAGGUAGUUGGGGUAUUUGCAGGUGCCUCUUUCCAAAGGAUGCCCAAGAAGAUACUGCACACCAUUCUUUUUGGCCGGGAGCCCUCGCAGCCUGCAACCCAUGCGCCGGCGAAAGUGUUGGAAAGGUCUUCAUCAGCGUCUGACCUUGAAAUCUCAGCGGAUGCAUACUACAGUUCUUCUGGCACUGCCACCACCAGUGUGAGCACGCCGUGGUCCUCGGACUUGGAAAUACCGGUCUCUUCUGCCGCAACUUCUGAUGCUGGCGUUCUGGAUGUGGAGAGCAUUUUCGUUGUCGCCCUCGAUACCAUAGCUCGAGAGACUGGGUAUCCCGUCGAAGAUAUGCACGAAGACACCGUCUUUGAGGACAUGGGCGUUGACUCGUUGAUGAGCGUGGCCAUCAUCGACGCCAUCAAGAAGGCAACCAACAUCACUGUACCUGCUGCAUUCUUCACUGUCCACCCGACAGUCGGAGCGAUGAAGAAAGGAUUGUUCGAGAUGACAGAGUCGACGCCCACAGACGGUGGAAAAGUCCCGGAGCCAGAGAAAGACGUUCCUAAGCAAAAGAAAGAAGUCACUGUCCAAGAGAAACAGGUCGAGGAUCUGGCUUCGCCCAACGGGAGUGCUUCGCCUCCCACCACGUCACCUGCGGCAAUAUCUCCAAACGCUGCGAGUGCGGCACCGCCCCAAGCCGCUCCCUCACAGCCAUUGGAAAAGCCUGGACCAGUUAAAGAGCCGAAGAAAUAUUUCAGCAAUGUGGUGUUGCUCCAGGGACGACCAUCGUCAAAGUUGACACCAUUGUUUCUUCUGGUUGACGGGGCCGGAAGUAGCACUGCUUAUCUUCAUUUGCCUUUCUUCCCAACUAGGCUUCCGGUGUACGCGCUUGAGUCACCGUUCCUUCACUGUCCAGAGGAAUACACAAUCUCCAUCCACGAGAUGGCGCAGUUGUUUGUCCAAGCAAUCCGCAAGACCCAACCGAAGGGGCCGUACAUGCUCGGCGGAUGGUCGGCCGGCUCCGCAUACGCGUAUGAGUCUGCUCACAUCUUGUUAGAUGCUGGUGAGACGGUGCUUGGGUUGAUCCUUCUGGAUAUGCGUGUCCCCAGACCCAUGCCAGAUGGGAUGGAACCCACGAUGGAAUUGCUUGACCAGGUAGGAUUGACGGUCGGUAUCAAGAGAGCCGGAAAGGCGUUUGGGAACUUUUCCGACUCCCUCCGGCAACAUUUACUCAGCACGGUCAAGCAGCUCAUGGUGUAUCAUGCUCAGCCCAUGCCCGAGGGUAGACGACCGUUGAAGACGGUGGUGAUCUGGGCUCGAAAGGGCAUGAUUGAUGUCAUCAAGGAGCAGAAUCUGGAGAUUCCAGAGUGGGCGGAGGAUGUCGAGCAUAUGGACGGCAAUGUGAUGGAAGAUGAAGGGCUCGGCUUGGUGGCAUGGUUCUAUGGAAAGAGAACCAACUUCGGGCCUAAUGGUUGGGACAAGCUGUUGGGAGAGGUCGAGGCGCACGUCGUCGAUGAUGCUGAUCAUUUCAGUCUUGUGACUCCACCGGUUGUUCGUGAGACAGCGAGGAUCAUGCAGGAUGCGGUCGCUUCGUUCAUGAGCAAGGCCUGA